CAACUGCAACUGCAAGGUAAUCACAAGCAAGUUGGUUGCAUAUUAUUUAGCACUGGGCUACAAACUUUUUGACUGGCUAUUAAACUAAACCUUGGGGGUCAUGGUUGUGGAGUGUCACGCUAUAAUGAGACUGAGGAAAUGGCAUUAUAAAACUUAAAGGCUUGCAAGUAUACUGUUAAUUAGGCUUAAGCACGAUAUCAAGAGAAUCACUGCGAGUUCCCAGUUUAUUGUGUUUGUGACAGCUCAACCUGCUGAGCACAAGGAGGGUCUGGGCUGCAGGAACUUUGGAACUGCACUUCUUUAUUGUCACAUGGUCCUGUCAGCCGAGGCACUGUGUGUUUCUAAGAGCAGUUCUGGGCAGACCGCUGUGGAUUUGAGUCUUCUUUGUAAGCUGUUCAGUUUCACUGCGAUGAAAUAAAACUCUUCUUGCACAACACCGUCAGUUUCAUAAGACUGAGUGUAUCAAGCUGGUGAACAGUCAUUUGCUGAUUCCUUUUUAAGACAGAGCUGUUUUUGAAGCUUUAUUUGAGGUUGGCAAUUCUAUGAAGCUGAUCACUAAAGUUUUAUUGAAGAAAUAUAACAUCUUUUAUUUCCCUGACAGGGUUUGAAAAGAUCAAGUCUGAAGGGGCACCUAUAAUGAUGAUAAAAUCAUCACGUGAAUACCACCACAGCUGUCUUAAUGGACUUUGUUUUUUUUUUGCUGCCAGUGAAGACAGUAUGAGGUGCCAGCUUUCUUGAUGUUACCUCCUCACCCAUCCUAUCAUAUUAGUAUUAGAUUGUUUUCUAGAUAUUUCUUUGACAAUGUCCCGCACUGACGUAGCGAUCAACAGUGACUAUAAUGACUUGGGCUGGAGCGAGGAUGCAGGGGAGAGAGCCUGGCUGCUCCAGAGCCCCAGUGUGGAGAGCGAGCCCAGGAGUGACAGCAAGGAGCCCAGGGGGGGCACCUCCUCCAUCGGAGCUGUCUUCAUCGUGGUGAACGCUGCCCUGGGGGCUGGCCUCCUCAACUUCCCAGCAGCUUUCAACACAGCGGGAGGAGUCACCUCUGGAGUAGUCCUGCAGAUGUGCAUGCUGGUAUUCAUCAUCGCCGGGCUGGUGAUCCUGGCCUACUGCUCCCAGGUCAGCAACGAGAGCACCUACCAGGAGGUGGUGCGGUCCGUGUGUGGGCAUGUCCCGGGCGUGCUCUGUGACGUCGCCAUCGCCGUCUAUACCUUCGGAACCUGCAUCGCCUUCCUCAUCAUCAUCGGGGACCAGCUGGAUAAGUUGAUCGGAGCCAUGGCCCACGAGUCAGAAGGGGAGGUGAGCGCCAGCUGGUACACAGACCGCAAAUUCACCAUCAGCCUGACGUCCAUCCUGCUGAUUCUCCCUCUCUCCAUCCCCAAGGAGAUCGGCUUCCAGAAGUAUGCCAGUGCCCUGAGUGUGAUCGGAACCUGGUACGUCACUAUUGUUAUCAUCAUCAAGUACAUCUGGCUGGAUAAGGAGAUCACACCCGGGUAUAUCCCUACCAGCCCUUCCUCGUGGACCGCAGUGUUCAACGCCAUGCCAACCAUAUGCUUCGGAUUCCAGUGCCACGUGAGCAGCGUGCCCGUGUUCAACAGCAUGAAGAGGCCGGAGAUAAAGCCCUGGGGCUGGGUGGUGACGGUCGGCAUGAUCGUCUGUCUCUUCGUCUACACUGGCACAGGGGUGUGUGGGUUCUUGACGUUUGGCUCCAAUGUGAACCAGGACGUGCUGCUGUCCUACCCCUCCAACGACAUCCCAGUGGCCGUCGCCCGAGCCUUCAUCGUCGUCUGUGUGCUCACCUCCUACCCGAUCCUGCACUUCUGCGGCAGGGCGGUGCUGGAGGGACUCUGGCUGCGGUUCCGGGGCGAGCCCGUGGAGGUGGAUGUGACUCGGGAGAGGCGGCGGAGAGUUCUGCAGACCGUGGUGUGGUUCUCACUGACCCUCCUACUGGCGCUGUUCAUCCCUGACAUCGGGCGUGUCAUCUCCCUCAUCGGGGGGCUGGCAGCCUGCUUCAUCUUCAUCUUCCCAGGACUGUGUCUGAUUCAGGCCAAACUGUCAGAGAUCCAGGAAGUCAAACCUGCCAGCUGGUGGGCGCUGGUGUCCUACGGCAUCUUCAUGGUCACGCUGGGGGCUUUCAUCUUCGGCCAGACCACCACCAAUGCCAUCUACCGAGAUGUCAUCCACCACAACACAGAAUAAACACAACCCCAGACUUGUGCUGCCCCCUGCUGCACGGGAAGACCUCUGAAUCCAGACUGCACAACACACACACAGCUGAAACACUCCAUGAACAAUAAAGCAGACUAUAGACUCUGUGUCAAAUUUUCACAGUAAGUAAAAGUCAGCUCAGGAACUGCAGUGUGUGGAUGGCUGCUUUAAUAACAGUAUGAUCUAGGUGCCACUGCUGACCAGUAAUGUCCACUGCGCAGUAACAAUUGUCCAGAGCUGGAGGUACAACACUAUGCCCCCUUGUGGGUCACAAAAAAAUUGCAACUUGCUGGUAUCACUUUAAAAUCUUUGUUAAAUAAUUUCCAUCGCUGUCUAAGACACUGGGCCUGAUUUACCACAGUCUGCACACCAGAACCCAACCAUUGUUUAGUGAAAAUUAAAACUAGUUAGCUGCAAGUUAUAAGAUUCAUUUGCAAAGUCGAACGACUUAGGUGUUUGUUCCUAGUUUUGUAACAUCGGCAGUUUUUUCCAUUUUCAAAAAAAAAAAAAAAAAAGCAGGCUUUCAAGUUUACAUUACAAAUGACAGUUUGAUAAAUCAGCCCUGUUGUGUUGUAAGUAGAGGGACAGUAGCUCAGAUUUGUUUUGAACCAAACUUGAAAAUGGUGAAACGGGUUAUACUUCACUGUGAGCAAUGUCUUCUGGUGCAGAAUGCUUCUUGCAAAGAGUCUCAUGCAUUCCCAUGUGCAUGCGCUUCUUUGCAGGGUGACCAGGCUUUUAGAAACUGAACUGAAAUCAAUCCCAUAUAUACAGCAUGCAUUCAAUUGAUAAGACUUAAUAGCACUAGUUGAGACAAUGAAUGCAAGAGGUUUUAAAGCACAGCAAACAGCUGCUGCUUGCUUUGUCUUGUGGCAGCAUUACCAUACCAUUGCUUCAAGGCAUACAAAUUCAUUUUCUUACCUCUUUUUAACAUAAAUAACUUUCAUAGGCCUCUAUUUCGUUGUGCCAAAGAUCUUUGGUUUGUGUGUGUGUGUGGUUUUUUUUUUUUCGUAGAUUGUUUUUAAAUGAACGCGGUUGCUUCCUGGGGAAAGAAAAUGGAUUUUAAAGUCGAGGUUGUCGCCCCUUUCGACUGGAUGACUGAAUAAAGAGGAUUCUGAUGUGUUAAACGCACGUCCAGUGCAUACUGUUUUACUCUAAUGUAGUUUUAUACCUCCUUAUUUUUAUUGUUUUAAUUUUUUAUGUAACUAAAAUAAAAGAAUAAAUACUGCUAAUUAAUCGUG